CUCCUACCAAGUACACCGGGCAUGGCAGCGAGCUCCAUGUUACCCCGCCAAGAAGCAGAGCGGCCUUGGGCAUCCCACAUACCAAGGUAAAUUACCUUGCAUGGUAAACAAUCUGCUCCGGCCCGCUAUACGCAUGGCAGCCCCUGAGCACAGCCGAGGAGGAGGACCACCGUAACGUACCAAGGAUUCGGGCAGCCCUUGGCGGGGCAGUCUCAACAUGACGCGCUUCCGGCCCUGCAUCGACCUGCACGCAGGCCAGGUCAAGCAGAUCGUCGGCGGGACGCUCGACAGCAAGACCACGUCGCUGCAGACCAACUUUGUGUCGCCGCACCCGCCCGCUCACUUCGCCCGCCUCUAUCGCGACAACGCCCUCACGGGGGCCCACGUCAUCAUGCUCGGCCCGGGCAACCAAGAGGCGGCGAGGGAAGCCCUGGCAGCCUGGCCGGGGGCACUGCAGGUUGGAGGGGGCAUCAACGACGCCAACGCCAGGGAGUGGAUCGAUGCCGGCGCUGAGAAGGUUAUCAUCACCUCCUUCCUCUUCCCCAACGGGGCCUUCUCCCAAUCCCGGCUUGACUCAGUCUUGGCCGCACUCGGCGGCGACAAGAGCAAGCUGGUGAUAGACCUCAGCUGCCGGCGGCAUGGAGGCGCCGACCGGUGGUUCGUCGCCAUGGACAAGUGGCAGACCAUCACGGACAUGGAGGUGUGCCAAGAGUCCAUCCAACGGCUAGAGCCCUACUGCUCCGAGUUCCUGAUCCACGCCGCCGACAACGAGGGUCUGCAGCGGGGCAUCGACGAGCAGCUCGUCGAGAGGCUGGCGCAGUGGUGCAGCAUCCCAGUGACGUACGCCGGCGGGGGGCGCAACCUGGCCGACCUGGAAAGGGUGAAGGAGUUGAGCGGCGGCAAGGUGGACCUGACCAUCGGCAGCGCGCUGGAUUGUUUCGGCGGAAGCGGCGUGACACUGGCCGAGUGCGUCGAGUGGAACAGGCAACAAGGGGACCAACUGACUAGGUAGCUAACCCAUCAACUUGCCUGUAUGAAUGCAUUGAAAGAUAUUGGAUUGGGUACUCGCUUGUUUCCUUCAUCCCCACUGAGUGUGUCUUGUCUGCUUUGUCCAGCGAACCCAAAUCGAGGUCAAUCAUGGGCGACACACAUCAGGCAUGUCUCAUUAACAUCUCUCCCACCACACCGUCACAUCCAGCGAGAUUCCAUAAGCCAAGCAAGGCACACAGACAAUACCGCGGUCGAAGGCAUUCCCUACAAAUCUAGCACAGAAUCCCAAUGACUAACAAACAC